UGCUUCUCGUGUGUAUAUAUGCGCAGAAGGAAGGUGUGUCCAUUUUGAUACUCGCUCUCGGUACGAGUGCAUAGUACAAGUAGUACAUUUCUCAGUGACAUUCGUUCGCUUACAACUACAGCACAUUGAAAUCUGCAAUUAAUUUGAUUGGAUUUUACAUCGUCUAUAGAAUUUUUCAUUACAAUGGCGCCGAACUACUCAAAAAUCGAUGAUAAGGUUACAGUCGAGGAAGUGGUAAUAGUUAACAGGGAAGUUUCGGUAUCUUAUUACAUCUUUGAAUUCUUCGUGUACCUGGAAAAAUUGACAGGUUUCAAGAAAGAAGCAUUUACACGAGCUGGUAUGCAAUCAUACCUGAAAAAUAUAGGAAAGCAGUUAUACCAGAUGGACAUACGUGGUGAUCUGCUAGAAAUGCUACUCAAAGUUGUCAAGAUAUUUACUACAGUAGUAAACAAGGAUACACUGGAAGCGAGUAUAUCGCUGUUUAUAGAUGUAUUGCACAAAGUAACGCGUUUCUUGUUCACUAAUUACGUGGGCGAAAGAAUCCUAUUCAUAACUUCGGGUCUAUCUUCAGGCAUGUCGGCUUUUGUUUGCGCAAUGUUUUUUAUAAUGGAUUUUAUAUUUAAUCAGUUAUCUGCGAACUGCUUUUAUCAAUUGAAAACCUGGAUACUAUGUUUCUUCCGUUCGGAAAAAAUUACUCAAUUUUUCGAUUAUGUUUUUGGUACAUACGGAAGAGCUAUCACCGUAGCCUAAAGAUGUAUUAUGAUAAAAUGCAAGCAUAUUUUACAUACAAAAUAAAAAUGAAAGAUUAAAGCAGAA